GGCUAGAUAUUACUAAUGGUCACCACACUGGACAAUGGUAAUACAGAUUCUCCCGGUCAUGGCAGAGCGUUCUCUUGGACACCACUGUGCUGGACUGCUUAUUUCUCAGAAUAUUAUAAGGCUGGCAGUGAUGGUGAAAGCAUAGGAAACUGCCCCUUUUCCCAGAGGCUCUUCAUGAUUCUUUGGCUCAAAGGUGUUGUGUUUAGUGUCACAACUGUUGACCUGAAAAGGAAGCCCGCAGACCUGCAGAACUUGGCUCCCGGAACCCACCCACCGUUUAUAACGUUCAACAGUGAAGUCAAAACAGAUGUCAAUAAGAUUGAGGAAUUUCUUGAAGAAGUCUUAUGCCCUCCCAAGUACUUAAAGCUUUCACCAAAACACCCAGAGUCAAAUACUGCCGGAAUGGACAUCUUUGCCAAAUUCUCUGCUUAUAUCAAGAACUCAAGGCCAGAGGCAAAUGAAGCCCUGGAGAGGGGUCUUUUGAAAACACUGCAGAAACUGGAUGAGUAUUUGAAUUCUCCCUUACCGGAUGAAAUUGAUGAGAACAGCAUGGAGGACAUUAAAUUUUCUACACGUAAAUUUCUGGAUGGCAAUGAAAUGACAUUAGCUGAUUGCAACCUGCUGCCCAAACUGCACAUUGUCAAGGUGGUGGCCAAGAAAUACCGAAACUUCGAUAUUCCAAAGGGAAUGACUGGCAUCUGGAGAUACUUAACUAAUGCUUAUAGUAGGGAUGAGUUCACCAAUACCUGUCCCAGUGAUAAGGAGGUUGAAAUAGCAUACAGUGAUGUCGCCAAAAGACUUACCAAGUAAAAUAGCACUUGCAGGAGAGAUACCUUCAAAUCUUCCCUUAAGAAUAUGCUUUUCCUAACAGACUACUCCUCCUCCUAUGAAGUAGAAAUGUAUUUUGCAUGAACCUGCAGUUACUCAAGAUUAGGACCAAGGAUAGAUAGUACUUAUCUUAAAAUACACACUCCUAAGCAGUAUUAUUUUAAAAUCCUUUCACCCUGCCUACCUCCCUGUCCAUAGCCGCCUCUCCUUCAGUUUGGAGACACUCCGUCACAAGCUCUUCACACACGAGGCACUCUACAGCCCUCACCAUUGUGUCCAUGCUCUGUGUAUAGGUGGUGCAGUGUUCAACUAUUAAAAUAGUAGCUGUAACAUCAGUCAGCCCCAAACUGGUGUGCAAUGCAUAAUGCAAGGAAUAUUUAUGUAUUUUUUUUAAAAAAUUUUGUAUUUCAUAGGAGCAUGUGAAAGGAUUGCUACUGUAUCAGAAAUGCUGUGUUUCACUGUAGUCUGUCCUGGAUAUGUAUUAAAAAUAUCACCAGAGAAGAGAGUCACUACAGAUUGUUAUUUUCUUUGUAGGAAGAUUUUAAAAUUUACCUAAAACCAUGUAUCCUGCAUAUGAAUUAUAACAUCUGACACUGUGUGGAAGCUAAAAGUUAAGAGGCGGGAAUGGUAUUCUCAAGAUCACAAGCAUUUGAUCUUUGUAGGAGAAACCCACGGGCAUCUGAUAUCUGUCUGAAUGUGUUGUUAUGUAUUUUGCCCAGUGCCAUUCAUUUGGAACAUUAUUGCCUGCCUUGUUUUAAGAAGCUCCAUUGUAGGUAACAAUAGACCUUGCUGUUUGUAGAUCUUUUGAGCAACACUACAUAAAUUGGUAUUUCAUUGACUUAGUUAUAGCAGUAUGGUGAUUAACAAUGUAAAAUUUAAUUCUUAAAGAAAUUAACCUAAGGAAUGUAGGAUGGGUUUGUCAGAGUAUCAUGUGAAAUUUAUUUCUAAAGCAUAUUUAAUGUAGAUAAUCAAGAAUGCAUUAUCCAUCCUAUAUUAAAAAUGGUAAAACAUUCUCUUUUCACCUCCAUUACUGUUGGACUUUGCAUAGAGGAUUGUUCACAGUGUUUGGACUAAAUGGUAGCUGUUUUGCCUCACUUCAAUCGCUGCACCCCUGGAGUUAAAUUUUUCUGCAACAACACUGAGGAAUAGUAUUGUGUUUUUUGUUGUUGUUGUUUGUUUCACUUUUAAAUUAAAGUCCUAAACUAGAAGUUAUUUAUGCUCUAACAAAGGAGAGUGAACUUGGUAAAAGUAGAACAAAAGUUUGCUCUGUAUUGUUUUCUCCUCCCUCCCCCUCCGUCUCUUUCUUCUGCUUCAACAAAACAGACUUUCUAAGUACUACUCCAAAGACUAUGGCUGUGACUAUAAUAUGUUUUUGUUAAUUUUUAUACCUAACUUGUCUAAGAAGUGCUGUUUCUCAUAAACUUUU